AGAUUAUCACAAGAUAUCCCAAGGCGGUUCUGCACGAGCCAAUUAUAGGGAAUCACCGAUGAAAUAAUUAUAUCUAUCUUACGUAACAAAGAAUCAAAUGGACAUCAUAUUUUCUCAAAGUGUGUUGUGGAAUAGUAACACGUAAGGAGCGGAGGUUAUCCUUCAUAAUUUGCAUCAAAGUGUCGAAAAGCAAUUAUAUGAUUCUGGCCAAAGGCAAUAAUGUCGAUUUAUCAACGAUAUUCCAUUGCCUUCACGUUGGUGAUUGGUAUUCUCAUAGGAUCUGCUAUUGGACAACCAAGUCCUGAAGUAGACAAAAUUCAACGAUCCUGGGAACGUGGACAAACUGACUUAAGCAAGUUUAAGGAGAUACUAGCAACCAGAGGUUUCGGCUACGACGAAGCUCUUUCAUUGAUGACCGAUGACCAGAUAUUCAUUGAGUAUCUAAGAUCAAAGCAGCCAGAGAUAGAGAAGCUGAUCAAUCUAGCAACACGUCGCCCAAAGAGCAUCGUCUCAGACGAACAUGUCUACGUAUUCGAAGGGGAAAACGAUGACCAAUGGCAGAUUGCAGAGACCUGCGUGGAAGACGUCAUCCAAUACUACACAGAUCUCAUCAGCAAUGAUUAUGUUUAUUAUGCAGACAGAAUGAGGAAGUCUUCGGGAAGAAUCCCUCGUGAUGCACAAUAUUCUGGAAAUGUGGUAGACCUUGGAAACAUCUGGGUUUGUACUUCAACGAUGAAAAAUGAAACAUCUAAUAUUCCAAGAUUUAACGGGAAGUACUGUCCGUUCAAGGUUAUAAACACGAGUAUACUACUUGGAAGUUGCUGGCCUGACAGCUGUUCAGAGAUGGAUGUUAAUUCCCUUUCAUCACUUUUUUGGAGUGAGGUUGUUCAGGUAGAACCGUUUCUGCAUUUCGAUUGUCAAGAACGAAGGCCUUGGACCACGGCUGAUAUUUGGUUCACAGUUCUGAUGGGUUUCUUCGCAAUGAUGGUUGGCCUUGGAACUUUCUACGAAGUCUUCCUCCAGAAACUAGUCCUUGAGAAGAUGAGAGGUCCCAAGAACCAAGAGCUUGACCGCCAAGAUGAGAAUACUUCUCAAGACUUGUCUCAAGGCGAUCACUCAUCCGACGUCGCUACCUCUUCAGCUGACGGUGAUGAUGGCAGGGAUGAUAAGGAUGUAGUAGCGAUUUCUUCUAAGGAGAUUGAUUGCAAAGGAGGACCUCAAAUCAAUGGCGGCUAUCAGAUAGAUGAGGAAAAGCCUCCUCCUUAUUCAGAAGGAGUGAAGAAGGCGCCCCUUGAAAUAGAAGAUGCGGAAAGAGGAAAGACUAGGAAAACAAAGACGGGCAAUCUGAAAUGGGCUAUUCUUAAUGCUGUCAUGAUGUCGUUUUCCCUUGUGAGUAACUGCAAGAAACUUCUCUCUGCUAAGAAGACGAAGAAUACCAUGGCUGUGUUAAACGGGCUGAGAGUAUUGAGCAUAUGCUGGGUCAUGCUUGGCCAUUCCUUUCAAUUCUGGGCCUUGGAACGUACGGGUAACCCUCUACAGGCAAUUGACGUCAUUGUCGUCCAUAUGUCAUUUGGAGCCUUUUACACUGGUACUGUUUCAGUUGACACAUUUUUUGUUCUCAGUGGAUUUCUAGUCGGUUAUAUGACGCUGAUCGCUAUUGACAAGAAGGUCCUUCGCAGCGCGGGAAGUUGGGCCAUGUUUUACUUUCACCGCUGGUGGCGUCUCACUCCUGUUUACAUGGCGGCCAUGGGGAUCUGGGCAUUAUGGUGGCCCCAUUUCGGUGAUGGCCGAAGUGUGUCGCCCGCUGACGAAACAUAUGAUUUUAUCCAAGGUUGGUGUCGAAAACAAUGGUGGACUCAUCCUCUUUACAUCAAUACCCUGUACCCAUGGCCCAAUAUCUUGGAUUACUCGUGUAUGGGAUGGUCGUGGUAUCUUGCUUGUGACAUGCAAUUUUUCAUCAUUAGUCCGAUUAUCCUUAUCAUCCUUUACAAGAAUGCGAGAGCAGGUGCCGUACUUGUUACCUCUCUAUUUAUAGUGUCUCUUGGGUCGCUUUUUGGAAUCACCUGGUAUUAUGGAUACGCCACGAAUGCUCAACCUUCCUACAAUGACAACAAUCCAGAUCCUCCAAAUGCCGACACUGUUUACACCAAACCUUAUACAAGGAUACCCACUUACCUAGCAGGCUUAGUUUUAGGCUAUUUUAUGUUUAAACUGAAAGGAAAGAAAGUUAAAAUGCCAGUGUAUAUUGCAGUAAUUGGAUGGAUACUUGCCCUUGCCACAUUAUUCGCCGUCGUCUACGGUGUUUGGUCCGGCGCUUACCGCUACGUACCCCAGAUCGAGUCGGCUAUAUACUUUACCUUCUACCGCCUCGGUUGGGGAGUGGCUAUAUGCUGGAUCAUAUUCGCUUCACUGCAUGGAUAUGGAGGUCCUGUUGGAGUGCUCUUAGAAUGGUCUUUCUGGAUACCCCUUGCUCGUCUUAGCUACUGUGCCUUUUUGAUCCAUCCCGUCGUUAUGUACAGUGUUCUCUUAACCCAACAAACACUCUUCCAUUUCACCUACGUCACAAUAGCGUACUUGUACGUUGGAAACGCUGUAUUUUCCUUCGUAGCUGCUCUCAUCCUGUCUCUCCUGGUGGAAGGACCUUUCAUGGGACUCGAAAAGGUCAUGUUCGGAAAGUUUGAAAGAUAGUCGUUUUCAAACAAAAUUGAAAGUUUCAUCGAUCCCUCAACACGGCCUAUAAAAGCUCACACAUUGUCCCUUUUCCUUUGACGGUCAUGGUGAAGCUGCUACAGAAGAUCCUUUGGCGUUUUUUUUAUCUGAGGUUUUCGAUCCACUACAAAUCCAAUCAAAUGUGAAUAAUCCUUGUUACGAAACGCGGUAUAUAAUCACACUUUCUGUAUAAGGCUCUUAUUGUCUUAUUGCAAGGAAUAAACUCGACGUCUUCAGUUAUGCUCAUUCUGUUUACACUCCUUAUGGGGCUUUUUUCUUAUAAUUAUUAUCAUGAAAGCAAUUAUCUGUUUGAAGAUUUUACGAAUCGGUCAACUCACCAUGCUUACACGUGCAUCUGCUUUUGGUUCAGAACCAAUUGGUUUAUCUCGCAUCGAUCGCGUUUACACGCUGUCAAAGCUCGCGGUACAUAAUCUGCAGGCAAUAACCUGAAAUGAUCCGCGCACGAACAAUAUACGUGAUAAUAAAGACAACGCUGGAUCAGUGAGCUUACAAGUACGUCAUAACUGUAAAGUUAAUGAAAUGCGCGAUAAUUGCCGAUGUAGAAUCAGAUUUCUGUUUACUCGUAAAAAAAAGCCGAUUCUGCAUCGGCUCCGCGGUUCUGAACCUACUACUUUGGUAGUGAAAUAUUGCCGAUUCUGCACCGAGAGCCGAUGCAAGUUAAUCGCGUUUACACGCAUCAAAAAAGCCGAUUCUGCAUCGGCUCUCGGUUCUGAACCGCAAGCCGAUGCCGCGUGUAAACACGGGAACUAUGAUCUCGCCUCUUGAGGCCCUGCAUGGCGGCUGCUUCCCGAGCGAAGCGAGCCAGGCGCGCUGCGCUCUGCUUCGCUAUAUAUAUCUCUCACUUCCCUCGGGAAGCAGCCGCCAGGGCCUCGACAGGAGGCUAUUAUGAUCUGAAUGACAGUGUUCAAACUUGGUUGACAAGACAAUGAGGCUCAAGGAAUACAAUAAAAACACAAUCUUAAAAGACAUUGAAUAAAAAGUGAUGAAAAAAAUAAAAACACAAUUAAUUUCAUACAUGUAAAGACUGACAAAAGGAAAACAAAGAAAAACGUCCAUUACUUCAACAAAAUUUAGGUCCAUGGAUCUUGUGAUUUCGUGUAUCUUCUUCCUCAGGGAUAAUCGGGCUGUUCAUGUGCAAGUCUCUAGAAAAUUAUAGCUUGUUUAAAAUCGUAAAAGAAAACAAUCGAAGUCUCUUGACCGUCUUGAAUAUUUAAAAUGAAUAAUGUUUAAAAAAUAAAUUAUGACUUCAAUAUUUUAACUCUCAUUUAUUUGCAUGUUUACAAUUAUUGAUAGUCUCCACAUUAUAAUCAUUAUCAUCAUUAUUGGUAUCGUUAUUAUCAUCAUCAUUACCAUUAUUUUAAAUUAUCAAAUAUACAUAAUUAUAAACAUAUUCGGCAGCAGCGACUUCAGUCUAAAAACACGAGGAUUAUGACAAUAUAUUAAAAUGAAUAGUAUCAUCAUAAGUAACCCUUGGUUUCAUUCUACUUGACUCAUGCUUGUUGCUUAUUUCAAGACGGUU